AUGAUGUCGCGAUCGUCCAUGGCGCAGCGGAGUCUGACGCUCACCGAAGAACUGGAGAAGCUAGAGCAACAGAUUACGUUGACGCUGCAGGAAAUCGACAGCAACUUCAGCAAAGCACACCGCAUCGUCACGACGAGCAUUUUGCCCAUUGUCGAAGAUUAUGCAAAGCAUAGCAAUGAAGUGUGGGAGGGUAGCAAGUUCUGGAAGCAGUUCUUCGAGGCGUCGGCCAAUGUCUCAUUAUCAGGCUACGAAGAACCCAACGACGAAGAGGCCACCCAGACCGAAGCCACCGAGUCAUUCCAGACGCCUUCAGAUCGUGACGAGAGCACCGUGACGGGUGCAGAGCUCCAGGAAGACGAUGAGGAGUUCAGCGUUGAGUCUCCGACGCAAGUGACGGGUGUUCAGACGACGCCAAAGUUGACACCCUCAUCUGCCAGAAAGACGACAGGUACGGGACGGAGACAAACCAACAGAAGCGCCGCAUCUUCCUAUAGAUCGCCAUCUCCGCGAAAAUACACGGGAAGGAAUCCCAAGGCCACGGAGCCCUCGUCCGAGCAGCCAAGCACCCCACGAAUGCCUUCUGCUUCCGAUUUCCAAUCCUCUCCCUUUGCGCCCGAGUCUGCGCUCCAGCCAUCGGCCUUCCAGCAAAAGCAAAACAACGAUCCGCUGAUGCAUCGUGUCCUCGACAAGAACUUUCGCAUCCAAGCAACCCCACUCACGCAGCGUAGGCAGUACCAACCCACUGCCGUCAAAGCGACGCCAGCCACGGCUAGCAAAAAGGCAYCAUGGGAUGACUCUCCUCAAUCCUCGCCUGAAAUCGCCGCUCCACAGUUACGUACCGAUCUCUUCUCUCCCGCCAAAGGCGCACCACGGACACCUGGUCUAUCGAUCCUAGCUUCCACCAAGAAGCCGGGCACAGCUGCACCAAUGACAUCUACCGGCAGACAGCUUUUCUCACCUCAAGACAAGACCUACACCAAAGAUCGGAACUACUUCGAUGAUAGCGACGAGGACGACGAUCUUGCGGAGAUGAGUCCUCCAAAAACCAUGCAAUUUCACGUCCCGCAGUCCAGGCUGAUGCAGACACCCGCGCGAGAAGCGAGUCGGAAAAUCGUCGACGACUUGUUGUUGACCGCUGGAGCUGAUGCGACGGACGAUAUCGAAGACGACUUCGAGUUUGAUUUGAAUCCAAGCCCGAGCAUUGUCGCACGUGCUUACGACAUGGACGACGAUACAUUUUGA